AUGGCUCCUAAGAUCUUUGCGUGGGUCUUCCCGAUAAACUUCCUGUCUCAAUUGUGGGUGUUUGCUGAUUUUUGGCUUAGAACUGGAGCUUCCGGCUACAUUGGGGGCACAGCACUCGACGUCAUCAUAAAGGCUCACCCUGAGUAUGAGAUCGCCGCUCUUGUCCGGAACCCAGAAAAAGCCGUUGCCGUAACCAAAAAGUAUCCCAACGUUAGGAUCAUUUCUGGAGACCUCGACUCUGGCCCUCUCAUCGAGGAGGAGUCCUCAAAGGCAGAUAUUGUCCUCCACUUUGCGGAUUGCGAUCACGUCGCCUCGGCAAAGUCAAUUGUCGCCGGCCUCGGAAAGCGCACGACACCAUCAUACCUCAUCCACACCUCCGGAUCCGCAAUUCUGGCCAACCUCAACCUUGCCUCAGAAUUCGGCAAAGCUGCUUCAGACAAGAUUUACGACGACAUUGACGACGUCCAGGAAAUCACCUCAUUGCCAGAAUCUGGCCAUCUACACAGAGAUGUGGAUUCUAUCGUUAUUGGAGCAAAUUCCGACACCGUCAAAACCGCCAUUGUUUGCCCGCCCACAAUUUACGGUCCUGGUUCCGGUUCAGGAAGCAUUCGUAGCAACCAGGUACCCGAAUUGACCAGGUGCACUUUGAAGUGUGGCCAGGCCUUCCAGGUAACCAAUGGGGCGACCAUCUGGAAUAACGUCCAUGUCCAGGAUCUCGCUAACCUCUAUCUUCUCCUGACGGAAGAAGCUGCUCGGCCGGACGGCAAAAAGACUACAUGGGGGCCAGAAGGGUACUACUUUGCUGAGAACGGCGAGCACGUUAGUUCCCCUUCUCAGCUUUAAUGGCUAAGCUAACAUUGAUGGAAGACCUGGGGCGAACUUGCCAAGAAAAUCGCAAAGAAAGCUAAGGCUAAGGGCUACCUGAAGACGGACGAGGUCAUCUCCUUGCCUAACGAGGAGGUUAUCAAGCACCACCCUUUUGGUCACAUCCUCUGGGGCACAAAUUCCCGCGGUUGGGCCUCGCGCGCUAGGAAGUUUCUCGGAUGGGAGCCGAAGGGUGCCCCCUUGGACGAAACCCUUGACGAUGUCAUUGAAUUGGAGGCUAAAGCUCUAGGAUUGUAGGCGGUAUUAUGGAAACGGGGUUGAGGAAUUGCCCAACGCAGGUUUGAACGUGAUUCUGCUCCACUCUACUCUUAUUUUUAUCUUUCGAAGAGAAUAAUCAUCUUCAUAUCCAAUCACUCGAGGAAUGACGUCGGAU